AUCCUUUGGAUCUGGCUCACGGGAAAGUUGGUGCAUGGAUCCUCAACCAUUAGUAAGACAAUAUAGUCAAAGAAUCACUAAAAACACUGAUAUAUAUCCACAAACUGAACAAACGCAAAUUGACAUUCAUGUUCAGAAAUUACUACCCAAACCCCUGAAUAAAAAUGUAGUAACCACUCACUUUCACGUAAUAAUACCACAAAGCAUUGCUAAAAAAUAUAAAAUAUAUGUUAUUGGUAACAUUGAAGAAUUGGGAAUGUCAAAAAAAGGAAUUAUACAACUAAAACAAAGCAAAAAAAAUUUAAUAUACUGGUAUUCUGAUCCUGUUAUAAUACCACUUUCAGCUUUUCAACAAGAAAAUAUACAUUAUAGUUACCAUAUUUAUAAAGGUGCCGAAACUGGCAUUAAGAAGCGUUUAAAAUGGAUUUCUAAUAGACGGUCACAAAAUGAAGAUGAAAAUCCUGAUGUAAUCACAGGCGAUUGGACCUUUGAAGAAACUGAGCAUAAAUUAAUUUCUAAGGAAAAUCAAUACGAUAUAUGGAGAUGUAAUAAUAUUAGCAAUAUGCGUUUGAUGGUUUUUCAGGAGGAUUAUCCAUUUCUUUUUAUCAUAUAUAAUUCUAUAACUUUUAAUAAUCUAAAAGAUAAAAUCAUAGAAUAUCAAGAUAUCAACAAAAGACAUUCAGCUAUACUAAAUAAUAAAAUGACAAUACGCUUUUUAUGCACAUGCCUUAAUGAUCAUAGUACUGUUGAGCAACGGAUAUUUCUAUUUGUGCUAUUGAGUUACAUAAUGAAUGAAAAUGAAGUGUUCAAGCUUUCAAUAGAUUUUCCUUCCGUUAAACUUUUAGAAGCUUUUAAUGGUGUUAAUGAAAAUCAUUUACCUCAUGAUGUUAUUAUAUUGUUGGCUCCAGUUGUCUCUACUUUAGCACAACAUGCCUCAACUUACUGUACAAAAUUUGAAUGGAUGAGGGCUUUUAAAAUCGCACCUUUUGCAGAUCCAAAUUAUACCUUCCUCGAAAAGAUUAAAAAGCCGGUAUAUACCAAAGAUAACGUAUAUGAUUUUCAACAAUAUCUCUAUAAAAUUGUCAAGCCAUGUAUAGAUAAUAUUAGUGAAGAACGUGAGAUGACUUAUGUGAAUAUUUGCAAGGCUCUCAUUAAACUAUGUAAAGAUCUUGGUGUAGUCGCGUUUUUAUGGCAAAAAAUUUUUCGUCCUAGUGUAAAGCUAGAUGAUGAAUUUAAUCAAUAUUUACUUGAAUGCAUAAGUAACUUUAUAGCAAUGGAUAAUGCUAAAGAAUUAAAUAAACAUCUUGAAGAGAUACCUAUUGAUAUGGACAUCAAUUUUGCUCCUAUAUUUCGUGAUAGAGUUUUGAUUUUGUUGCGUAGCACGGGAAUUCCUUGGAACAAGUACAACCAAGAUGCGAUAUUCAAUUUGCUUCAUAAUGUUAGAUUAAAAUGGCAAAAAGCUUCUGUGCUACAAGCAUUCGAAUAUAUUUCUAUUUCUCAAAAUCCUGAUUUGCUACAGGUAUUUUCAAUCCAAUUCAGUAGUUUUUUAAAAGGAGGUCUCAUGGAUGAAAAAGUAGGCAAAAUUUGCGCUCAAUGGUUCAAAUCCAUAUUAUCAUAUAUCAAAAAGUUGUUUGAAAUUGCCGAGAGAGAAAUCAAAUCUCUUUCGGAUGAUGUAAUAUUUAGUGCUGCUACUGAUGCUGGAAAAUUAAAACAAAUAAAAGUUGUAGAAUUCUUUUGUCGUAUACUAAAAGAAAAAUUUGGCCCUGAUGUUAGAAACAUCGAUGAAGUCGUUUUUCAUAUAAUGACGAGAUUACAUGAAAACUUACCAGAGACAGAAAAAAAUGAUAUUAAUUUCAUUAAAGCAUUGCUUGCUUCUUCAAGUUUUUGGAUUUAUAUUUUGUUAGCUACAGGUUCAACUGAACGACUUCAUAGACAGCAUGCAUACGUAAAAAUGGUUCGUCAGGCUAUAAUUAAAUUGGUUUCAAAUCUACGAAAUAUGUCUAUUGAAAUUGGAUUACUAAAAGAAAUACUUAAUUAUGAUGAUGAUCGAUUAUUAAAUUUCUUUGCUACUAUAGGAAAUGACAAUGUAUCAUUAAUGAUUGAUAUUACAGUUCUUCAAUCGCUUCGAGAUAAUUAUAAAGAAUAUUUAGGAAAAUUAAAAAAUCUCGAAAUUUUUUAUACCCGAUUUUGUAUAGAUAUCGUAGACGUACAAAAUUAUAUUGAUGAUAUAAAAUCAAAAUUAAAUUUACAAGAAAAA